AUGGAGAGCUUUCUUCGCGAGUGGCGACAAGAUGCCUUGAAUAAGGCACAAUACGAGUCUGCUAUUUUUAUUGGGGAUAAGCUUUUAGCGUUGACCAAUGAUGACAAUGAUGCCUUUUGGCUUGCACAAGUCCAUUUUGCCACUGGGAACUACACCAGAGCACAGACGUUCUUGUCUAAGCAGGACCUCAUCAGCCGAAAUCCAUCUUGCCGAUAUCUAGCAGCUCACUGCUUUAUUAAGCAGUCUCGGUUUGAGGAGGCGCUCUCUGUGCUUGGCGAGCGAAAUCCUACCCACUUGAUCUCUAACGCAGCAACUAAGCGCAAGCAUACGAGUUCGCGCAGUACUGCUUCACAUCAUGGCAGAGGCGCAGCCAAGGCACAGGACCGGAGAGGUGAAAUGUCGGAGGAAGAAGCGGCUAACAGACGCUUCGAAGCCGCCAUGUGCUUUCUAAGAGGCCUUUGCUAUGCCAAACAAAAUGCAUUCGACCGGGCGAAAGAGUGUUACAAAGAUGCCGUGCGCAUCGACGUUCAGUGUUUUGAAGCUUUCCAGCAGCUAAUGAAGAAUUCACUCAUGUCACCUGAUGAGGAGUGGCAGUUCUUAGAAUCUCUAGAUUUCGAUGCUAUCACCGUCACCGCAGACCCGGCAUCCUCGCAAGAGGCUGGCGAAUUUACAAGGAUGCUCUACACUACUAGGCUUUCUAAGUACCGGAACCCUACUGCGUUUACAACUGCAAGCGAGAGUCUAUCAACGCACUAUAAUCUUGCUACGAACCCGGACCUGCUGCUUGCUCGAGCGGAUUUACUCUACACGCAAUGCAAAUAUAAAGACGCAUUAGCUAUCACUGAAUCUGUACUCCAAGAAGACAAGUACAACUUCAGCAUAUAUCCCUUACACUUAGCUUGCCUGUACGAACUCAAGAGGAAGAACGUACUCUUCUUGGUCGCACACGACCUUGCCGAUUCACAUCCGGAAGAGCCUUGUACGUGGCUCGCCGUAGGUAUUUACUACUUCUCUAUCGACAAGAUUGCAGAAGCCAGACGUUAUUUCAGUAAAGCUAGUAUGAUGGAUCCACACUUCGGCCCUGCUUGGAUUGGGUUCGCGCAUACCUUCGCCGCCGAGGGUGAGCACGACCAAGCCAUAUCGGCAUACUCGACGGCCGCGCGACUGUUCAUGGGCACGCACUUGCCACAGGUGUUCCUGGGGAUGCAGAACCAUGCGCUCAACAACAUGACGUUAGCCGACGAGUUCCUCAAGACGGCGUAUGGUCUCUGCAAGACGGAUCCGCUGCUACUCAACGAGAUGGGCGUCGUCUAUUAUCACCAAGACCGCCCCCAGGACGCUGCCACGUUGUUCUUGAAGGCGCUCGAUGUCGCUGAGGAAAUCGAUUCAGAACCCAAUGCCUGGAUCUCUGCCCGUACCAACUUAGCGCAUGCCUACCGCCGCGCUAAGCGCUACGAUGAUGCGCUCGAGCAGUUCGAUGAGGUCCUCAGACAGGGCGGCAAGGACGCAGGUAUAUUUUCUGCUAAGGGCUUAAUAUACAUGGAGCAGGGGAAGUUCGAUGUCGCUGUUGAGGUGCUGCAUAAAGCACUAGCUAUAAACCCCCAGGACCCCAUCGCGACGGAAUUGUUGAACAAGGCGCUGGAUGAACUGGCUGGUUUCUUGCCUUAA